AGCUGACCCUUGCCCUCGUGCCCCCCCCACCCCAAGUGGGCGAGAAUAUUUUGUUCGGGAUACUGAACGCAUGGCCGGGGCGAGGCGGAUUUGCGACCCUGAGCCCCAGAACCCCGCAACCCAAUAGACCCCCGCCCCUUUUUUGUUUUUUACUCUUUCCCGUCCCAAGAAGCUAAAUAUAUCGCUGCCUCCUGUCAGCAUGGUGCGUCAGGGGAGGAGAGAGGAUGUGAGCUCGUGGCUUUUUUUUGUUUCCGGCGCUGGUUUUAAGGGACACUUCCUGGCUGGAUCCAGGAGUUGUCCGUGCGGAUUAGCGAGGGAGCUGGCAGCUUCUGUCUAUGACCCCCCUCGCUCGCUCGCUAUCCUCGGACACUGUAUGGAAACCUCCAGAGGCUCGCGUUGGCGAAAGGAGCUUGUGUUGGCCUUGCCGCAGCCAGGUCUGAGCCUCUGGUAGCGCAGGGUUCCUUGAGAGUUUGCUGAUGUCCCCGUGAGUUACAAAGGGAGCAAUUGAAGGAACAGAUGACGAUGGGGUCCAAACCAGAGAGCUACGUCAAAGAAUUCACCCGACACUCCACCGACAUGAUGCUGAACCUGAACGAGAUGAGGAAGCGAGAAAUCCUGACAGAUGUGAAGGUCCUGGUGGAUGGUGAAGAGUUUAAAGCUCACAAGGCCGUGCUCAUUGCUUGCAGUGGCUUCUUCUACUCGAUAUUUUCGGACCAGACCAAGAGGAACGUGAGCCUGCUGACCCUACCGUGCGGGGUUAGCGCCAGCGGUUUCCGCCUUCUACUAGAGUUCAUGUACACGUCCUGCCUCCCGCUGGACCCGGGCUCUGUCGCAGAGGUCCUGACAGCUGCCAGUUACUUACAGAUGGACCACGUGGCAGAGACGUGUCGCAGUUUUGCCUGCUUCAGUGUUCCUCAGCUACACACCUACCUGAAGUCUCUGGACUACCCGCUGGGCAGGGCCUUGGCCUACUCCAGGGGGAGUGAGGACCCUGGUCUCCACUUUGUCCCAUCCAGGGCCCUGCUCCCAACCUGCGCCCCCCACCUGCUGGUAGCGGGAGGUCCAGGCUACCUUCCCGAAUCCGCCUUACGAUUCCCGGGAGGACGUGUGGCCCCGCGUGGUUCCCGGCAGGACGUCCCAGGUGAGGAGGUCGGAGGUCGGAGGUGCGGCGGCGGCUGGGCUGGGAGCAGGCCCGGGAGCAGGCCCGAGACCAGACCUCCGAGAGGUGGGAAGCAGCCUGAGGAGAGGGCCCCGGUGGACAGGCCCGCCACCCUGGGCCAGAGCAGGAACAAAACCCCCGUCCUAACCCCAGACAGCCCCCUGUGCUCCGACUGCCAGCCCGAUUCGCCCACCGAGUCACGGAGCGCCGCCCUGGGCUCCCACCGUCCCGCCCAGGAGAGCCAGGCCCCCGACCCCAAGGCCUGCAACUGGAAGAAGUACAAGUUCAUCGUCCUGAACUCCCUGAGCCAGCAGGGGACCAAGGGACCCCGUUCCCCAGAGCCUCUCUACAGCCGGAGUGCUGACGCUACCCAAGGGGGUAACAAUAACAGCGGCAGCAGCAGCGACGAGAGUUCAACCAACAUGGAGGAAGAAACCGAGGACGAAGACCCAGCGUGCAAGAAAUCCGCCCAUCGGUCAUCGUCAGAGUCCCCUGCGUCGCGCACCUCCUCGGCCUGCUCGCUGUGUGAGCUCCACUCCGAUCUCUGUCGCCACGCCCUGGUGUCCCACCCCAGCGAGGAAAUGCCGGGAUACCACUCGGAAUUCUCGGACAGCGGGUCAGAGAACGGCCUUUUCUCCUGCACCACGUGUGACCUGAAGCUGUCGGAUGAGGAGUUGCUGCAGCAGCACUUCUUGAGGGUGCACAGCGACGACAAGCCUUACAAGUGCGACAUGUGCCAGGCUGCGUUUCGAUACAAGGGUAACCUGACCAGCCACAGGACGGUUCACACAGGAGAGAAGCCAUAUCGCUGUACAGUCUGCGGGGCACAGUUCAAUCGGCCAGCCAAUCUGAAGACCCACACUCGAAUCCACUCAGGGGAGAAACCCUACAAAUGUGAGACGUGUGGAGCAAGGUUUGUGCAGGUUGCUCACCUUCGAGCCCACGUCCUGAUCCACACGGGAGAGAAGCCAUAUCCGUGUGAAACGUGCGGGACACGUUUCCGACACUUACAGACACUGAAGAGCCACAUUCGGAUCCACACUGGGGAGAAGCCCUAUCAUUGUGAAAAGUGCGACCUGCAUUUCAGACACAAGAGCCAGCUGCGGCUCCACCUGCGACAGAAACAUGGGGCGAUCACUAACACCAAGAUACGCUACAAGAUUGUGCCAGAGCUGUACGUGAGCGGGCACCAGGCCUGCUAGAGCUCAGUCACACUAACUGCGGUCUCUCUCCGUCUCUGUCUCUGUCUCUCUCUCUCCUUUUUCACACUAUCCCAAAGUAAACGGCAGUAGGGCACCCCUCAUGGAGGGAACCUAACCCCCCUCCACAGGCUCAGCUCAGAAACACUGAGUCACAAUCUCUGUCUCUGUGCCUGUGUGUGUGUGUGUGUGUGUGUGUGUGUGUGUCUGUCUGUCUCUCUUGUGCUCUCUCUCUGUCUCUUUUUUUCUCUUUCUCUGGGAGCUGGGGAUGGGGCAGGGGGAGGGGUGGACGUCAGAGUUUUUGGGGAAGGUGAAGGGAUCGGGGGAGUCGGGCCAUGUCGGUGGAAAGAGUGUUGCUGGGGUGGGGGGUGUCUACUGCGUGGCUUUUGAGACUGUGAGGAAUCUACAGUGUGUUCUUCCAAGAUUUUUGUACAGUGAUUUUUAUCUUUUGUUCUUGGCCAGCUGGUGUGACUGCAGGAUGGUCGCUGAAGCUAAUGGGAUCUGGGGCCGUUGACUGGCUCCAUCCUGUCUGCCCCCUGAUGGGCAGCAGUUUGUUAGGAUGGUAUGGAGGAGCCAUGUGCUCCCCAUUUACACCCCCAACCCCCACCCCCCAAACUCCUGAUGCUGGGAUAGUGACACUCCAGCCCGAACAACUGUUGCUCAUUCUGUGGUUUCGAGGUGAGAACAUUUAGUGCACAGGCAGAAAGAGGCCAUGCUCUGCCAUUCGGUUACCUCCGGCUGAUCUAAAAACUUCAACUUCAACGCCACUUCCCUGCCCUGGCUCCGUAACGAGGGGGGUGCUGUGCUGUCAGAGGGUCGCUUGGUUGUUUGCUGGUGUCCUGCUGCACUUGGAGAUACUUGACAGACUUAAUGUAAAGCACUUUUGAGAUAUCCUCAGGUUGUGCAAGGUGCUAUUGAAAUGCAGGUUCUUUGUUUCGAGUCGAGAACUGGGAGAAGCCAAGCGAAUGGGGAGGAAUUUAACGUCUUGCAUCCACUCGGGGUUUGCUGGACAAAUCUUUCGGAUGCCUGGGGAAGAAAGGAAAACAGUCUUUCAAGUGGGGAAAAAGAUAGCAGGAGCUAGCUGGCUUAUAAUGUGUGUGUGUGUGACUGUGUGUGUGUGCAGUGCUCAGGGGACACAGCCAGAGAUGGGUAUGUAAUUGGCCACGAUUCCAGUCACACAAUCAGUGAUGGGGAUCCAGCUUGCUCAGGGAUCCUGCUCGCAGCGUAGUGACCCUAUCUGCAGAAGAUUAGUGUGUUGAUGUCAGCCGCUCACUGAUGUCCUGGCCCCUCAAAGACUCACUCCAGUCCGUCGCUGGAGAACAAACCCAAUCUUGUACCAAGUGCAGUCAAUCCAGUCCCUGUCCUAAGAGCUGUGUUAUCAGCACAGGGUCAAACUUUGAGGAAGCAAAUUCAUUGCUGGAACCGAAGAGUGUCUGGUUUUGGAUUUUGAGGGAAGGUGAGGCCCACGUUUUAAGAAGCCUGUCUUCCAAGUUUAAUCCUUCCAAACUUUUCUUGUAAGUGUGUGUGAGACAGGGUUUCUGAGCAGAGGGUAGCUGGACUACUUACUGACACAUGGGAGUAUUACUCACUCUCUCUUGCACUGUCUCUCCUGUCGUGGUGCCACUCUAUCUGUGUCGUUUCUCAUGAACACACUCAUCCCUCACUCCGAUAUAAGGUGCUUCUUUCUUGGGGGGUUUUUGUUUAAAGUGUUUUAAUUUUUUUUUGAUUUGGGGGGGGAAAAAGACAUCUUAAUUAAAAAAUGUGGUUUAUGUUUAACUAGCUUUCAAAGCGAUUUUAGUUUUGUUUUUCUGGACUGUUUUGCUGAGCAAAAAUUGAAAGACUUUCUAAAAUAUAAAAAAUGCUUUUUUAAAAGAAGAGAAAAUGAUGUUGACAAUUACUUUCUCUGUUAAUUACAAAGGCAGAAUUUAAUUAAUAAAUUUUUAGACAUUUUGA